CAGCCAAACACGUGAGUAAAUUUCAAACGAAAUGUGUUUCAUUUAACUUUCACCAACAUCGAGAAUAAAAACUGACAAAAUGACAUCCGAAGAUAUCGCAGAACGAGAAAAAGAUACAUUGUUACUAAGACUGCAACGAGAGAAAUACGUAAAUUUGAAACCACCGCCAUCGCCAAUACUAUACUCUAAACGAUUUAUCGUAUCGGUGUUAUUAUUUUUCGGUCACGUUAUGAUCGCAAUGGGUAGCCAAGUGAUCCAUAUAGCUGCAGUUGAAAUGACAUCGAAAAACGAUCAUACAAAUCAGUCAUCAACAAACGACUCAACAUUUCUAAAAUUGUUAUUCGAGCCAACAGUAUAUCAAUGGGACACGAUAACUAUCGGUGCAGUUCAAAGUAUGUUUUGGUAUGGAUGUUCGUUCAGCCCAAUCGGUGGAGUUCUAUCCCAAAAAUUCGGAGGUGCAACGAUCAUGGGGGUAACGAUGAUGAUGGUGGCAGGAGCUCUUCUCCUCACUCCACUCGGCCUCCGAAUACACUUCUAUUUAUUCCUCGGACUUCGAAUACUGGUCGGCGUACUCGAGGGUUUCAGCACCACAAGCUGUGCUCCAAUAUUCGCGCACUGGAUACCGAAGCAAGAAAGAUCCAUUUUAGUAUCAUCCAUCGUCAACGGAUUCUAUUUUGGAAACGCGUUUACUUUUAUUUUAUGCGGUUUUCUAGCUCAUCGUUGGGGUUGGCCGAUGUCAUUCUACGGCGCAGGUAUCAUCUGCUUCUGUUGGUCUCUAUUAUGGUUACUAAUUGUCACCAAUGAUCCAGCUGAAGACAGGACGAUCUCCCAAAAAGAACUCGCGUACAUAAAAAAUACAACAGAAAGUAUUUGUCCUGCAGCCAAGAAGGAUCAUCCGUACAAAGAAAUCCUCUUAUCUCCUCCAUUUUGGGCAUUGACUCUCUGCUACUUCGCUUACAGCUGGGCGACUGCAUUUGUUGUAGGAUAUUGCCCCAUGUAUAUUAAAGAUGUGACACAAAACAGUACAAAUGUCGUGGGAUACCUUUCAUCCAUUCCAAAUAUAGCCAACAUGUUCAUAAUACCAAUCAGUGGAAUAUUACUGAAUAAGACUCAAAAAACAAUUAAAUUACGGGAUAAUCAAAUCCAUAAAAUCACAGUUAGUGGAGGAUUUGCGAUUUCUGCGGUAUUGUUUGCUUUAAUCCCAUUGGCAAAUGACUUCAACGUGUCAAUGAUUUGUGCUGUAAUAAUCAACGUUCUCGUUUCUGUUAACAGGGUUGUUUUCGAAUUGAUCAAGGUUAGCAUGGCACCUAAUCAUUCCAGCUUGAUUUCUGGUAUGUCGUUAAUUGGUCAAUCUUCCGGUGCGGUAAUUGCUCAAAUGUUCGUAGGGUAUAUGGUACAAAAUCACAGCAUAGCAGAAUGGAAUACGUGCUUUUUUUGGUCAACAGGAGUAUUAGUACUGACAGCAUCAUUUUAUCUCAUUUCCGGAUCCAGUGAACCACAAUCAUGGUCCAUGCUUUCUCAAUCUCAAGAGACAUAUCAAGAAGAUAAGGCUCGGGGUGCAAAUCAAUGAUUUUUAUCCACUGUUUAAAAUAGAUAAAUAUUGAAUGUGUCAUACAUAUCAUAGAAUUCGAAUUGGAGGUUGGAAUUUUUCACCCCCCCCCCCCCCCACCCGUCCCUUGAAGUUGUUACCUCGGAUGAGAAAACAAUUUCCCAUAUUCCCCCCUCUAUUUUGAAAAAGUGCUGCCAGGAGCUCUGAAGUAAAAAAAAGUUUUUUUUUAAAGUAACUUUACAGUUCAUCCAAAAAUUUUCCAUUUUUUUCAGAAUUUUUCUCAAUAAUCUUUUUUUCAAAAAAAAAUUCCUCCAGUACUCCUAAAUCUACGACGACCUUAAAUAAUUUAGAAAAAAUUAAGAAAAAUAAAAUGAUCAAAAUCAGUGAAAGUUUUCUAAAAGCUACUGAUUUCCGCGCCAAAAUUCUUCAUGUCUGUCUCAUCCUUGAACACAUACCCCCAAAGUUGAGAAAAAAAUUGAUAAAACUGAUAAUUUAAAAAAAAUUCUCACUCACGAACCU